CUUCAAAUCCAUAUCAAACCCAUUUACACCAUCCAGAACCGUAUCCAGCCUGAAACCCUAAAUCUAUAUUCUCUUUUCACUUUUCUACAAUUUUAAGGGUGAAAACCACACAAACCCUCACCUCUUCUCUCCACCAUUUCCUUAAUUUCCUACAACAAUGGCGGCCAGUUACGACUACGAUGACCACCAUGGAAACGCACCACCAUCUUCCGCCGAAUCCAACACUUACGAUCCAAAUUUCGUUCCAGAUUCCGUCAAAUCCUUUGUUGUCCAUCUCUACCGCCAUAUCCGCGAAAAAAAUGUCUACGAAAUCCACCAAAUGUAUGAAACUUCCUUCCAUACCCUCAGUGAUCGCAUGUUUAAGGAUACUCCAUGGCCCUCUAGGGACGCUAUUGCAAGUUACGUCGAUAACGAUCAUGUUUUUGGUUUGCUUUAUCUCGAGAUGUGGUAUCGACAUUUGUAUGCUCGUCUUCAACCUACUCUUAAACAGAGGAUUGAUAGUUGGGAUAAUUAUUGUAGUCUUUUUCAAGUUUUGCUUCACGGUGUUGUUACUAUGCAAUUGCCUAACCAGUGGUUGUGGGAUAUGGUUGAUGAAUUUGUUUAUCAAUUUCAGAGUUUUUGUCAGUUUAGGGCUAAGAUGAAGUCUAAAUCUGAACAGGAAAUUGCGUUGCUUCGACAACACGAUCAGGCAUGGAGUGUAUGUGGUGUUCUCAAUUACCUGCAAGCACUUGUUGAUAAGUCAAUGAUUAUUGAAAUUUUGAAGCGGGAGAAAGAGGGACUUGAACGAUUUACUGCAGAUGAUGGGUAUGAUUAUAAUGGUGGAAGUAAUGUUUUGCGAGUAUUGGGGUACUUCAGCAUGGUGGGCUUGCUUCGAGUUCACUGUCUCUUGGGGGAUUACAACACUGGGUUGAAGUGCUUACUUCCAAUUGACAUUAGUCAGCAUGGUGUUUAUACUACUGUAAUUGGAAGCCACAUCGCUACUAUUUAUCACUAUGGUUUCGCAAAUCUUAUGCUACGAAGAUACGUUGUGGCGGUUCGCGAAUUUAAUAAAAUUCUUUUGUAUAUCUACAAGACAAAACAGUAUCAUCAGAAAUCUCCGCAGUAUGAGCAAAUUCUGAAGAAAAAUGAGCAGAUGUAUGCUUUGCUGGCAAUUUGUCUUUCUCUCUGUCCCCAGACAAAGCUUGUUGAAGAAACUGUGAACUCGCAGCUUAGGGAGAAAUAUGGUGAGAAGCUGAGUAGGAUGCAAAGAUAUGAUGAUGAGGCUUUUGUGCUGUAUGACGAGCUGUUCUCUUAUGCAUGUCCCAAAUUCAUUACUCCAUCAGCUCCAAACUAUGAUGAACCACUUGUUAAUUACAAUCAGGAUGCUUACAGACUUCAAUUGAAGCUUUUCCUUUAUGAAGUUAAGCAACAACAACUACUGGCCAGUGUGCGCACCUUUUUGAAGGUGUACUCUACCAUAUCGCUUGGCAAACUUGCUACUUACAUGGAAGUGGAUGAAGCUACAUUAAGGACAAUCUUGAUGUCCUAUAAGCACAAGACGCAUGCUGUUGAUGCUGAGGGCAGGAUUAUCUCCAACGCUGAUAUUGAUUUCUAUAUUGAUGACGAUAUGGUACACAUCAUCGAACCUAAGCCAAUCAAACGAUAUGGUGAUUAUUUCAUGCGUCAAAUUGCCAAGCUUGAAGGCGUGAUGAAUGAUAUGGACAGGAUAAAGUUGGAGUAGAUUACAAUCUUUUUGUAGAAACUAUUUGCUUUUCAUUCUACCCAUUUACUUCUAUGAUGUUGCUCGGAUGCCAAAAUGUACGCUUCUUUUAAUGUAUUCUCGUUUUAUUUUUCGUUUACCCAGUUUUGAAAUCUAGUUAGAUGAAGAUCUAUCCGCGGGAAAUAGUCAUAAUAUUUCAAAGUGAUUCUGGCCUUUCUGGGUAUAUUGAUUUUGAUUUUAGUGAAAGUGUAUUGCCUUUACCUUCAUACUUUAUAUUUGCUACAAUAAAUUAGUUUCAUCUUCUCCAUGACAUGUUAAAAAGAAAUAUUAUUAUCAGUAGCAAUACACACAAGUGCAGACUGCAGAGUGAGCAUAUGUAAAUGUUUAGUUCAA